AUGACAGCAACUACAAUUCAACCGAUAAGUGCAGCGUCGGCAAUAAAGGGUCAACAGCACGAUCAACCAAAAAGUGCAGCAUCGGCUAAUAACGGUCAACAGCACUUCCAACCAAUAAGUGCGGCAUCAGCAAUAAAGGGUCAACAGCUCAAUCAGAAUCACCCACUAAAUGCAAUGUCAGCAUUAAAAGACUAUAAAAGCAAAGGCAUAACCGAUCAGAGGAGCCCAAUAAUACGUCAGGAUGAAUAUAAUUUACGAUCAGAAAGAACACACAACAUUGAACCUAGAAAUCAAUGCCAAAACACAACUUCUCAAAAUUUCCAAAACAACAGACACAAUUACACUAAUCCAAAUAAAAACAAUACUAACACUAAUCAAAAUCCUUUUAAAAACAAUAAUUACACUAAUCAAUAUCCUAAUAGAAACAAUAACUAUACGAAUCAAAAUCAAGUUAAUAGAAACAAUAACAGUUAUCAAAAUCAACCUAAUGGGAAUAGCCCGACAGGACAAAUAAGAAAUAAUAAUGCAUCAGGCCAAGCUAGAAAUAAUGGGUAUAAUAACCAUCCCCAAAACAUUCAAAAUUCAGGUCAACAUAGAUCAAGACAGGCUAGAAUAGAACCUAUGGAAGUAGACUAUUUAAAUUAUAUAGCAUUGAUUGACACAGGAUCAACCAUUAGCCUAUUAAAUUCAACUAGAGUUCCCUCAAAUCUUUACGAAUAUAUUAACGAUACACCAAUUCAAAUUAAUACUAUUAAUGGUAUUGUUAACGAAACAGCACAAGUAAAAACAAAAUGUCCAAUACAAUUUAAUCAGCCUUGCAAUGCAAGAAUGAAAUGGACAAAAGUAGAAUUAAAUAAACCUUACGAUUUCCUAAUAGGAAUGGAUUGGAUAAGGAACAAUGCAAAAACUAUAGACUUAAAAAAUGAGGAAGUUAUUUUAGUAAAUGGUAUACAUCUUCCAUUCUUAACAACAUUACUUGAAGAAGUUAAUGUGUUGGAAAUAAGUGAAGUUUGUAACAUUCAAACAAAUCACCUCAAUGAAAUAGAACAAGAGUCUGUAGAAAAGCUUUUAAAUAAAUAUAAAAAAUUGAUUUUCAAAGAAGGCGAUCAAUUAACAAACACUAGUGCAGUAGUUCACGAAAUAAAAACUACCACAGACCAACAAAUUAACUCUAAACUAUAUAGUUAUACACCAAAACAUGAAGUCGAAGUACGUAGGCUGUAG